GUUCGACGGGCUCAGUGUAUAUAAGUUCAGUAGAUUUAUGAGCCACUCAGCCACGGGAAAUCAUCAAAUACAUGUAGUCGUGAUCGUGCGUGAAGUGUAAUCAAACUGACAGCAAAUGGAAAAUAACAAAAUGACGAUGAAGGAUGGAAAUUUAAUUCUAGCUGAGGCCUUGAAACACCAGGGAAUAGAUUAUUGUUUCGGAAUUAUGGGCCACCCUGUUAUCGAAUUAUCCAUGAUGAUGCAAGGGGUGGGAAUCCAAUAUUUGGGCUUUCGAAAUGAACAAGCUGCCUGUUACGCCGCUCAAGCAUACGGAUAUUUAACGAAUAAACCGGCAGUUGUUUUAUGCGUAUCUGGGCCGGGAGUACUCCACGCGAUAGGGGGAAUGGCAAAUGCUCAAGUGAAUUGUUGGCCUGUGAUCGUAAUUGGAGGAUCUUGUCCAGAGGAUCAUGAAGGCAUUGGUGGCUUUCAAGAAUAUCCACAAGUGGAAGCAUGUCGAUUGUAUUGCAAAUAUUCUGCUAGACCACCUUCGCCUGGUCUUAUUCCACUGCACGUUGAAAAAGCUGUCAGACUUGCUACGUAUGGACGCCCAGGGGCAGCAUAUUUGGAUCUCCCUGCGACACUUUUGAGAGGACAAAUAUCGGAAAAUUUGAUAGCAAAAGUUGCACCUUGUCCACCGCCUCCUUUGAUCUAUCCACCUCCCAAGUUAAUUGAGUCAGCUGCUGAUUUAAUUUCCACAGCUAAAAAACCAUUAGUCAUCGUUGGAAAAGGAGCUGCUUAUGCCCGAGCUGAAAACGAAAUAAGGAAUUUCAUCGGAUCAACGGGUUUACCAUUUCUUCCUACACCAAUGGGUAAAGGCGUUGUAUCUGAUUAUAAUGAAAAUUCAGUUGCAAGUUCAAGAACUUCAGCGUUACUCAAUGCUGAUGUUAUUGUUCUCCUCGGAGCUAGAUUGAAUUGGAUGUUGCACUUUGGACGAGCUCCACGUUUCCAGAAUCAUGUAAAAAUUAUUCAGAUCGAUAUUUGUCCAGAGGAGUUGCACAAUUCAGUCUCAUCAGCAAUUGCUAUUCAAGCGGAUUUAAUUCCCAGCGUGGCAUUGUUAACAGAGUGUCUCAAAAAAAGACAGUACAGUAUCGAUAAGAAAAACAAAUGGUGGAUACAAUUAAUUGCUGAUGGACAAAAGAAUAAACAAGGAGUUCAGAGGAUGUCAGCUGAUACUUCUGUCCCUUUGAAUUAUUACCCUGCAUUUAAAACCAUUCAACAAUCCAUUCCAACAGACAGCAUCAUUUGCUCUGAGGGAGCCAAUACCAUGGAUAUUGGUAGAACUAUGCUUUUAAAUGCCAAACCACGUCACAGAUUGGACGCAGGAACUUUUGGGACUAUGGGCGUUGGAUUGGGAUUUGCCAUUGCUGCAGCUUUGUAUUGUAAAGAUGUGGAUCCUAAGAAAAAAGUUAUUUGCGUGGAAGGUGAUUCAGCUUUUGGUUUCUCGGCAAUGGAAAUUGAAACAAUGUUCAGAUAUAAAUUACCUAUCGUUAUUAUUAUUUUUAAUAACAAUGGAAUAUAUGGUGGAACAGACAAAGAGACAUUCAAACAAAUUCAAACUGCUGCAGAGCCGACCAAAGUAAUAUCUCCUCAGUUGUUAACCGCUGGAACUCGAUAUGAAAAAAUGAUGGAAAUGUUUGGGCAUCGAGGACAUUAUUGUGAGACCGUUGAGCAGAUUGAAAAAGCCAUAAAAGUAUCACUCGAGUUAGGGGAUGCUCCAAGUUUAAUCAACAUCAUGAUAAAUCCAUCAGCAGAUCGUAAAGAACAGAAGUUCAGCUGGUUGACUGAAUCCAAGCUGUGAAAAAUUAACACGAGUCAAUACCUCUUCUCUUCCUUAUAGGCUAGACUUCCUGGAGGGGAAUAUGUGCCAUAAGAAGAUCCAAUAGGUGAUAGUUAAAAAUAGUUCAAUCUACGUGAAAUUAUCAUUUUAACAGAUCAUUGAUAUUUUAAAAACCUCAUAAAGGGAAUACAUGAAAAUUAUAUCUUGUAUUGAUAUAUUUUUGUAGAACAUAUUCAUAACGACAAAAUAAAAAUCUUCGAAAAAUAAA